ACUUCGUAACAUAAAAAAAGUAGGUACAAGGUACGUCUUCCAGAUGCGAUUGCCGUGGAUAGCUGAGAAAUUGCUGCAAAUGAACAAUCUUGAAGCUUUUGACGCAUGUUUUCUUGUUCGUGGAAAGAACACUAUCACUAAGAACGACGUUGAGUGUUACAAGUAUUGGUUUGGAAAACAACAUACCCUCACGCCCCCUGUUAACUACUACCGAGCGAAUUUCGAAUACGUUAUACCAGAGAAGAAAUUCUGUGAAUUGAAUAUUCCUUUCCUCGCCGCAAUCCCUGACAAAGAUCCGUAUUUGAACACGUCUCUGCUUGAUGGAAUGAAGAAGGAAUACAAGUAUAUAGAAACAACUGUUAUUAAGGAAUGUGGUCAUUGUGCACAGCAGGAAGAGCCCGAAAUGAUUAAUAAGCUCAUUAGAGAUUUUCUUACUAAACACAAUCUUUGAAACAUUCAAUAUUAAGGUAAAAAGUUGCAAACUACUUUUGGAUUCUGAAAUUAUGACGCUAAAACUGACAUGUACGUGAGUUACAUAUUCGUGUCCGUGUUGUUAGUGAAUUAGAUCUCUAUAAUAAUCAAUCUCUGUAACAAAGAUUGAACACUAAGAAAAAUUGCUUUCGAUCCACCUAGAUUCGAAGCAGCGCCUUCAGCACACUGUGCCUGACGCUCACACAACUGAGUUAUGGAACGAACCAGCAUGCCUGACGGAUUUUUUAUGUUCUUGUUGCAGAUCUUUGUUUUUUUUUAUUUUUAAUGACAUCUGACAAUCUGUGAGAAAUCUAUGAAAGUUUUUCAGUACUAUAAUAGUAGAGUAGAGUAAUUUCACAAAAGAUAAUUGAAUAU